AUGGAUGCUCCCAAAGAAGUUCAGCCUACAGGAGAGUUCACUUGUCAGCUAUGUAGCUUAACAGCUCCAUACACGUACUAUGGGCAGAAGCCACCAAACACGCGCUCUAUUGUGCUUUUGGAAGAAAGCUAUGUCAUGAAGGAUCCUUUCACCCCUGACAAGGACAAAUUCCUCAUCCUUGGGUCUCAUUGCAGUUUGUGUAGCAGAUCAGUGUGCGUUGGUACAGAAUGUAGUCUGUUCUACUCCAAAAGGUUCUGCCUCCCUUGCGUGAAUGAAAAUCUAAAAGCCUUUCCUUUGGAAAUACAAGAAGAUAUGGAUAAAAGGAAGCCCCAACAAAAAUCCUUCUCCUGCAAAAAGGCAGAUACAAGAACAUAA